CAUCAGUUUUUCUUUUCAAAUAUAUAAAAUUACUCGCAUUUCACAAUACUAAAUUAAUAGCAAGUUUUGAAGGAAAAGUGAAGAAUUUUUGCAAUCGGAUUAAGGCAAAACUACAGCUGAGCCGGGGCACUGCCAACUGGGGUGGAAAUGUGACGGGGCACAUUUAAUUGAAAAGCUUGGCAACGCCGUUUUGUACGCCAGAAACAAAAAGUCAUCAUCAGUGGAGCGGCAUUUAGCAAUUUAGUUUGCGGAGAAAAUUUAAUUUUUUGUAAUUUAAUUUAGUUGCAAACACAGCUAAAAUGUCCAUUUUGGCCUAUAAUGGAGGUUGCGUGGUCGCCAUGCGCGGUAAGGACUGCGUGGCUAUUGCCACAGACCAUCGUUUUGGCAUUCAGGCCCAAACUAUUUCGACUGAUUUUAAGAAGGUGUUUAACAUUGCUCCACGCAUGUUUCUGGGUCUGACCGGCUUGCAAACCGAUAUACUAACGGUCCGGGAUCGUGUCAUGUUCCGUAAGAAUUUGUACGAGACGCGCGAGAAUCGCGAAAUGGCUCCCAAGCCUUUCUCGGCUAUGCUUUCGAGCUUCCUCUACGAGCACCGCUUUGGACCCUACUUCAUAGAACCGGUUAUAGCUGGACUCGACCCAAAGACGUUUGAGCCAUUCAUUUGCAACAUGGACCUGAUUGGUUGCCCCAAUGUGCCUGACGACUUCGUUGUGGCCGGCACCUGUGCCGAACAGUUGUACGGCAUGUGCGAAACCCUCUGGCGCCCAAAUCUGGAGCCCGACGAUCUGUUCGAAGUUAUUUCACAGUCCAUGUUGAACGCCUUCGAUCGCGAUGCUAUGAGCGGUUGGGGUGCCACAGUCUACGUUAUUGAAAAAGACAAGAUUACAGAGCGCACACUGAAGACUCGCAUGGAUUAAAGAGCGGAGCACAAAUUCAAUGGCAGGGUUCAUCUAUUAAUUUGAUAACUUAAUAUAUGUAUCAGUUACACGACAUAUGAAAUACACAAAAUUUGUAAGGUA